CUUUUUCUUCAAAAUGCAAUAUUUAGGGAGAUACAAUGUUCUAACGGAGUGAAUAUUUGACGAAUAUCGGACGCCACUGUUGGUCAAGACUCAAAACUAGUAUCAUCAGAAUUAAUAAUAGGAUUUUUACUAUCUGCACAACAGGAAACAACAUGUGAGAAAAAACAAGACAUAAACUUAGAUAUUUAUACUAUGAACAAUUAUCAAAUACCUAUAUGGGUGUCUUCCUAUGACAGAACUGAACAAGUACUUGCUAAAGUAUUUAAGUAUAUCAAUUUACCAUUAGAAUAUCUGCAAUACUUCUCUCUAUUUCUCAUUAAAAAGGACAAUAGCGGCGAAGUUAUUAUUUUAAGGAAAUUAUUGGACUUUGAAUCCCCUUAUAUGUCACAUAAAUCCCUAAAGGACGCCAAUAAAAUUGUGCUAAGGAAAAGUUAUUGGGAUUCUGCAUAUGACUUUGAAUUAAUGAAUGAUCCUGUCUCUCUAAAUUUACUGUACGUCCAAACUGUAAUCGAAAUUGAAAAAGGAUGGAUAUUAGCAACCAGAGAUAUCAAGUCCAAACUUAGCAGUUUGCAAGUGAGUUUGGCGAAAAAAGAAUAUAUUGAAUUAGCGCAGAAAUUGAAAUAUUAUGGAUUUAUACAAUUUAUGCCAUGUUACUGUGAUUAUCCCAAGACGCAAACUAAAGUUUUGAUUGCCAUUGGGGACCAAGAAUUGAGUAUGAGGAUUAUUGGUAAUGGUCAGAUGGUUAAAGAAGGUAGCUUUAAGGUUACUAGAAUGAGAUGUUGGAGAAUCACAGCCACACAUAAUAAACAGGAAAUGGCUGCAAACAGCAGAUCAAGCUCGAACUCAAGUUUAGAAUUAUCAUUUGAAUAUCUUAUGUCAAAAGACAAACUGCAAUGGAUAACCAUAUCAAGUGAACAAGCAAUAUUGAUGUCCGUUUGCCUUCAAUCCCUUGUUGACGAAUUACUUUUGAAAAAGAAUGGUAUUAAGAAGAAAUCGUCAUUUAGUAUCAAAGGCAGUUGGUCCUAUAUGAAAAGAGAUGGUUCCAGCCACCGAAUAUCCAUUGAUAAUAUAAAUUUAGAUAACGAGGUGGAGGGUGUGCACGAACCUAAAUACCAAGAGUCUUUUUCGAUAAAAAAGUUGCAAGAAAAAUUCUCUAGCGUAUCUUUUAAGAAUGGACGAGAAUUCAUCGAGAACCACGCAUUCGAGUGUAUAGGUGAUGACGAUUUAUAGAAAAUGAUGUCGAAAUGCUUACUGUAAUAAUCUAGGUUUUUUAAGGAAUCUGUCCAAUCUAAUACUUCCAUUUAAUCUAUCAGAUAAUAAUUUUUUGGCAUUAUUUGAGGUUAAUCCUCACUCUGUCCAUAAAAUGUGCCAAUUCCUAAAACAGAAGUAAGAUAUUUUUAAAUUGGUGGUUUAUUAUAUAAGGUCGCCAUUUAAUGCGAGAAAGUCCAAUAUUUUCUUAUCUAUUAUUUUUAAGUUUUCAAUUAAAAUAAAAAUUUGUUAAAAACUCGCUUUUAGGGCCUAAAUUAUUAUAACAAAUAGUGAAAUAAUAUUCUGGGUGCUCAUUUUGAAAAAUGAAGUUGUAGAUAUUUAAAGAAUGUAUAAAAUCGCCUGUACAUGAAAAUACACUUUUGAUCCUCUCCGAGUCGACGUUUAAGCUAACCCUUAUUUUUGUAUUUACUAAAUAUUUUAACUUUACUACCCAAUACAAAGUUUUUGACUAUAAAUUGACGUCGCAGUAGUAAAAAGUAUUGCACGAAACAUUUUACUAUGAAAUCGAUGGUGUAAACAAUAUACGGGGUGAUUCAUUUAAAAUCAUUGCCAUUUAAGCUGUCCCGGUGUAAGAUUAGGCUUAAAAACAAGUAGGAUAAUCUCAUCGACUUCCACUGUGACCCAAUUGGAUCUAUUGUGGCUCAUGUCUAACUUAUAGUUCACUGUACAAGUCCUUCUUUUGAUGGAGGCUAUGGUUGAAUUGUUUAAAGUCUGUGAAUCCGAAAAUGUGAAACCUAAUUACUUCCAAAACGAAGCAGUGUCCCGGUGUAACGAAACACCCUAUAUAUUUCACAGUAAUUUAUAAAUAUGCAAUAAAGUAAAACCUAUAACUUUUAUUUUAUUACGAUAAGAGAUAUUAGACUUCUUUGCACUAAUGGCCCCACCCUGUAUGUAUAAUUGUAUUUUAUAUACUGCCGACUUGUAUACAAAACUUAUGCGAUCCCCGCCAAAAUUCCACUAAUUAUCACUUAAUUUUUUAAUUUAGUACCUGAAAAGAAUCGUUGUAUAUGAAAAAUAUGUCAAAAAUAUUUUUAAUUUGUAACUCUUAGGC